GAAGCGCAUGCUUGACUUUAAGUUUCACUGGUUUGGUUUGAAGUGGAUAAAAGGUAAUUUCCUUGCAUUUUCUGUUGUGUAGCUACAUAGAAAACUCAUUGUUAGUUUCGGCUUUUCGGGCAUGGGAGUGCAGGAGAAAUGUGAAGGGGCAAACACAGGAUUCCUUGUUUAUCUUGUGUAUGUGAGUGAGAAUUUCACUUGGUAACAAAAACGUCUGGAUUUCACACAUCUCUCUCUCUCUCUCUCUCUCUCUCUCUCUCUCUCUCUCUCAUGUUCCAGUCACGCUUCUCAUCCUAGCCAACCCCUCCCGUGAGCCUUCUCCUUUGCAUUCUGGUAUCAAAACGUUUUCAGAUCCUCCCUUCUAAGAAACUAAGGUAAUGUAUUCUCCAUAUUAUAUGGUAUAUUCCUCAUUAAACCGUAUAUUGUUACCAAGUGAUACAGGCAUAAACCUUGCUAAAGCUGAGAGACAUGAAGCCAUGCAAGUUUACUGGGUCUGCGAAAGAACUCCGGCUACGCAUCAAAAGAGAAAUCAGAGAGGGUACUUUCCGAAUUGCAACCACCAUAAUCCUCUGUUUAUUCAUGGCAUUCUUCGUUGUUCUUCUUGGAUUGUUUAUCAAUGUUCGUGUUAAGAAAUUUCUAGUUUCCGAGGAUUCGUAUUACCCUCCACUCAAUGCUUUCUCUCCGCUCUCUACUUUUCCCACAUCCUUCCGUUUCUCAUGCAAUUCUUCUUCUUCUUCACAUUCUUCAACGAACAAUGGUGGUUUGAGAGAUUGGGUAGCUCCUAAAAACUUGUGGCACUCGAUGAACGAUAAAGAGCUGAUGUGGAGAGCAUCAAUGGCGCCGGGAAUCGCAGAGUUCCCAUACAAUCGGACCCCAAAAGUGGCAUUCAUGUUCUUGACAAGAGGGAGAUUGCCACUGGCACCACUCUGGGAGAAGUUUUUUAAAGGACAUGAUGGACUCUUCUCCAUAUACGUACACACCUCAUUGGAGUUCACCGGUGAGCCCCCAGAAUCAUCGGUCUUUUAUCAGCGACGAAUACCGAGCCAGCCAGUGCAAUGGGGAAGGGCAACCAUGAUAGAUGCAGAGAGGCGAUUACUAGCCAAUGCCCUCCUUGACUUCUCCAACGAGAGAUUUGUUCUACUCUCCGAAACCUGCAUUCCCUUAUUCAACUUCACCACAAUCUACAACUACCUCGUCAACUCUAACUACAGCUACCUGGGCUCAUUCGAUGACCCCAGGCGCAUAGGCCGCGGCCGUUACAACAAGAGAAUGUGGCCCACCAUUACGCUCUCCAACUGGCGAAAAGGGUCCCAGUGGUUUGAAGUACAAAGGAAACUUGCAAUCCAAAUAGUAUCUGAUUCCAAAUACUACCUAGUAUUCCAAGCCCACUGCAAGCCCCCUUGUUAUAUGGAUGAGCACUACUUGCCAACUCUGGUGACUAAAAUCUGCCCUCAAUUCACCUCAAAUACAACGGUUACUUGGGCCGAUUGGGCCGGAGGUGGGUCGCACCCAACGAGAUUUGUGAGGAAGGAUGUCACGAAAGCGUUCUUAAACCGGGUUAGAAACGGACCAAACGGUUUUACUUGUACAUACAAUGGUGGUUUGAGUCACAUUUGCUUCCUUUUCGCAAGGAAAUUUCAUCCGAGUACCCUUCAGCCAUUGCUAGAGAUGGCUCCAGGGUUAUUCGGAUUCAAUCCUUAGAAUUUUCUUCCGGCUAUUGCCAAGUAGUGACAGAUUCGAGUACAAGAAAUUUUUUUUUUGAACAGGAGUACAAGAAAUUCAAAAGGUGAUUUAAUU